GUCAUUAAGGAAUGUUCCUAAAUGAUACACUGGGACUUCGAUAUCUGAUUAUAGAAUUUUUGGCUAGCACUAACUUCAUGGUAGUUUUUACGACGGAAAAAAAUCCAAAGGAGGAUACACGUUUUGAUGCAUAAACACUGAUGGUCAGUGCAUUUUUGGAUAAAGUGACAUAAAAUACUUCAACGACAUACGUGAUCAUCAUAGGAGACAACAAUGGGGUGUGGUGGCAGCAAAAACACAGAUGUGAGACCCUUUACCCCUGUACAAAAUCAGCAACCAGUUACAAAACCUAGAACACUGACAAAAAGAUCUGAAACCCCAAUCCAAAUUCCUGGUACACCAAUACCUGAAAAUUCAACCUCUACCCAGGAGCCAAGGAGGCCAACUUCAAAACCUGAAACUCCAAAGACUAGGACACCAACCCCGAAACUUGAAACCCCGAAGCCUAGAACACCAACCCCAACUUCUGAAGCCCCAAAGCCCAGAACACCAACUCCAACUUCUAAACCCCCAAAGCCCAGAACACCUACACCAAUAUCUGAAACCCCAAAGUCUAGAACGCCAACCCCAACAUAUGAAACCCCAAAGCUUAGAACACCAACCCCAACAUCUGAAACUCCAAAGCCCAGAGUACCAACCCCAACAUAUGAAACCCCAAAGCCCAGAACACCAACCCCAACAUCUGAAAUCCUAAAGCCUGGAACAUCAACCCCAACAUCUGAAACUCCAAAGCCCAGAACACCAACCCCAACAUCUGAAACCCCAAAGCCCAGAACACCAACCCCAACAUCUGAAAUCCUAAAGCCUAGAACAUCAACCCCAACAUCUGAAAUUCCAAAGCCCAGAACACAAACCCCAACAUCUGAAACCCCUAAGCCCAGAACACCAACCCCAACAUCUGAAACCCCAAAGCCUAGAACACCAACCCCAACAUCCGAAACACCAAAGCCCAGAACACCAACCCCAAUAUCUGACACCCCACAGCCCAGAACACCAACAUCAAUAUCUGAAACCCCAAAGUCUAGAACGCCAACCCCAACAUCUGAAGCCCCAAAACCCAGAAUAAGUAACCCAACAUCUGAAACCACAAAGUCUAGAACGCCAACCCCAACAUCUGAAACCCCAAAGCCCAGAACACCAACAGAAAUAUCUGAAAUCUCAAAGUCUAGAACACCAACCCCAACAUCUGAAACCCCAAAGCCCAGAACACCAACAGUAAUAUCUGAAACCUCAAAGUCUAGAACACCAACGCCAAUAUCUGAAACCCCAAACCCCAGAACACCGACACCAACAUCUGAAUUCCAAAAGCCCAGAACACCGACCCCCCAACCCCAGAAUCCAAUAACAAGGGCCCAGACUCCGAAAAUCAGGACACUAACACCAAUUGAGCGAACUCCAACUCCAUCAUCUAGAAUUCCGACACCAUUAUCUCAAUGUCAUACUCCAGUGAUUUCAAAAUCAUCCUCUCCACAACCUACAACUGGAGACCUAUGCCAGCAAGUGAUAGACGACACUAAUGACAAUGCUAGCAUCUCAUUAAGCCAAGCUGGACUAAAUGGACACAUUUCACCCGAAUUAUACAAGGCUGAUAUUAAAGAGAUAAAAACACAAGAGGAACGCACCACUGAUAAUGAUGAUUAUCCACCUGACUUUGACAUUCAAAAUGUACAAGAAAUUGAUGAAACAUAUACUGCAGUAAAUGAUGAUUCCAAUGCUGUGAUUAUCCAAGAUAUAAAUGACAAUGUUAAUUUUGAAAAAAGUGCAAAUGUAGGGAAAGGUGGACCCACUCCGGAUCAGAAGGCUGAAAUAGCUGAAAAUGACGUAGAAGAAAAUUUACCUGAUAUAAAUGAUGCUUCAGAAAAUAAAAAGGACAGUGACAAAAUAAGUGAAAAUGAUAAAACAAAACUUACGAGUGGAGAAGAAGAAAUAAAACAUGACAGUAAAGUACUUGUUGCAACAUGUGAUUCCCACAUCGAUGAAAAGAAUGAAUUAGUUACGGAUAAAUUAAAGCCUAAACAAAGUGAUGUAAACAACAAAAUAGAAAUAAAUGAAGAAAAUCUUGAAGGGAAUGAGAUAAACGACAUAAACAUGGAAGAAGGGGGCGAAGCAAACAAAGUUGAAGAAAAUGAAAAAAUCAAUGAUGUAAGUGAAAAAGAAAAUGUCAAGAGCAGUGAAUUAGCAAAUCUUAAAGCUGUUGAAAGUGAUAAAUGUGUAACACUUGAGGAGGAAAGAAAUAAUGAAAAACAAACGGAAAACGAGGUACCUAUUGAUGGUCAAAUUUCUGAUCAAAAUAUAAAAUUAAAUGAAGAAGAAAUGUCUGAAGAAAAUAAAGGGAACAAUAAACAGACAAAUGAUGAAGAGGUUACACUUGUCAAUGAAGAAAAUAGUGAAGAAAAUAGAAUUAUGACUGAAUCAAAUGAAGAGCAGGCAGAUAAACUCAUUGAAGAAAAAACUGAAGCAACUGAAGAUUUUGAUAAAAAUGAAAACAUUAAUUCAAAUGGAAAUGAAAUCAUUGAACCAAAUAAUGAAGCCAAUGCUAUAGAAAAUGAGGAAAACACCAGUGGAGCAAAUGAAGAUAACAUUAAUAAUACAGUUAAUUCAGAAUCAAAAGAAGAAGAACCAAAGGGUGUAAAUGAAGAAAAUACUGUGGAGGAAAACAAAGUUGAAAAUCCUGAGGAAAAACACGAUGAAAUUGUGGCAGAAAGUGAAGAAAAAAAUGAAGAAAAUAUUGAAAUAAUUCCAAACAAUACAGAUACAAAUGAAGAAGAAACUAAACCUUCCUCGACUAUACAGCAAAUAGACUCAGUUGAAGAACAAUCAAACACAAGUCCAGAAGAUAAUAGAACACAAGAAGUCAAUGCUGAAACAAAUGGAGAAAACAAAAUUGAUACUGAAGAAAAUAAUGGCGUUGUAACAAAUGACGAACGUAUUGUAGUUGAGGCAGAUAUAAAAAGGACUGAAGAAAAUGAUAAUGAUCAAUCAGACUCAGAAAACACUAAAAAUAACAGUAAAGCAAAUGAAAAAGAAGAGACUUGAGAAAAUUAGAAAAAUGUACCAAAACAAGAAAUCGUGGAGGGAAAAGACACCAGAAAAUGAAUGCUGACGACAAUAAUGCAAUAGAAUCGUUACAUUUAUUUUAUAUUAAUGAUAUACAUCUGGAAGGUAUACUAGACUUAGUUUACAGCGUUGUCCAACGUAUUUUUUAACGUUUUUAUGUCUAGGGCUAUAAAAUAGUCUUGCUGUUAGGUUGUUAGACAAAUCGCUUGAAAUGUUGUAUGAUUUUGCCUCCAGUAGUAACAAAAAUUGGACAGAUACAAUGAGCUCAACUGUACUAUUAAAAUAAAUCAAAUUUGGAAAGCUUAGUUCUAUUUAGCAGAAAUGCUCAUGUUUUAGGUUAUUUUAAGAGGAAAAUUCAUUUGAGGUUUACCUUACUCUCUCUUAUAAGCACAAUGAGGUACUAUAUUUUUAUCGUCUCUACAAAUGUUCGACUCUUCAUAGUUAUAAUUUCUUGCAAAUGUAUUAUAGUAAAGGAGAAUAUGAAAUAAUAAACUGAUAUAACGUUACUACGAUGAAAAAGUGAACUUUGUUUUUUCACCUACUGUCAGCAUUCUAGGCAACACAUCUUAUGAAAAUGUACAUAUUACUUUUUAUAUAAAGG